CGGACUUUAAACUUUAAUGACUUUUACUUGAGUUCGGUUUUGAAAAAAAUGGACGUAUGUUACAAACAAAAUAAGAUAUAAUUGUAAUUUGUAGUGAGAAGAAGUGUAAGAAGGUGUCAGAUGUAGCAGACUUGUCAUCUUUAUUAGUAAAGUUAUUAAAGCUAAAUUCUAGCUAGGUUUUAGAAAUGGCAUUUAGACCUUUAACUGAAACCGAGUGUGGACAAACAAAUCCAUUAUUAAAGUUAAAAUCACAUAUAACUGGAGAUCUUACGUUUCCGGAUAACCAUGGACAAGCCUUUCAGGGUAGUUCUGACCAAUUGGUCGAACAAUUUCUCCAAGAAACACGGGCAGUCCCUCAAACUUUCAGAAUGGAUGAUUUGAUGCGAGAAAUGCACGAAAUUGAGUCUCAAAGGUCAGCAUUACCACCAAUUCCUGCAUCUACUGUUAAGGAUCAACUAAAUGAUAAUGCCUGGGCUCUUCAAUAUAUUGAAGAUGGAAAAAGAUUCAAUGAGGCAGCAUACGAUAAUGAGAAUGUCUGGGCUGAAAUAAUAUCACAGGAACAAAAAAGUUUCACAAAUGCUUGGAAUAGUACAAUUUUGAAUUAUCCGACGGGAUCGAAUGAGUUUUUGGAAUCUGAUGAAUAUUUAAAGGACCCAAGUGAUGCUUCAAAAUAUGUUUAUUCAAAGUUUAUGAAAUUUAUGAAGGAAGAAGGCAAUUUCGAUAUUGAAGAUGCAAAACUUACAGACAAUGAAGCUUCUAAUUGGACUAAGGAAUAUUUUGACUUAGAAGAAAAGUCUUCCAACAAAGAAGGCCUUGAAAAUUGGGCCGAAGAGCAGCAGUCUAAAGAUGAUGAUUUUAAUUCCGCCUUUUGGGAUAAUCUUCAAGAAGAAAUGAAAAAAGUGUCCGAGUCUGAUGUAGAUCCUUCACAACUUUGGAUAGAUGAAUUUAAUUCUUACUAUAAUACAACAACAAAGGAUUAUGAAUUUAGUGAAGAAAACCCUAUGUUAGAUAUAUUGAAACCACUAGAACGAGGUAAACAGUUUUUGGAAGAAGGAGACUUUCCAAGUGCUGUGUUAUGUUUUGAAGCAGCAGUUAAACAGGAACCUGAAAAUUCUGAAGCUUGGCUAUUACUUGGUACCACACAAGCUGAAAAUGAACAGGACCCAAACGCAAUUUCUGCUUUAAAUAAGUGUCUACAAUUAGAUCCUACGAAUCUGAAGGGCUUAAUGGCGCUGGCAGUCAGUUACACAAAUGAAAGUUAUUACAAUCAAGCCUGUCAAAUGUUGUUGAAUUGGUUGAAACAUAAUCCUAAAUAUCAGGAUAUCAUAUCGCAGAAUUUGAAGUUAUCUGGGCAAGUUACAAGUUUGUUAGUUCAAAAUGACCACAAGAUAAUUCAAGAGUUAUUUAUUAAAGCAGCCCAAAUGAAUCCUAAAGAUAUAGACUAUGAAGUGCAGUGCGGAUUGGGUGUACUUUUUAAUUUGACUGGUGAAUACAAUAAGGCAGCAGAUUGUUUUUUGGCAGCGCUAUCAGUGCGACCUGAAGACGCGCGACUUUGGAAUAGGUUAGGUGCAACAUUAGCUAAUGGUUCAAGACCCGAGGAAGCAGUAGAUGCAUAUCACCAUGCAUUAAAUUUAUCUCCUGGUUUUAUCAGAGCUAGGUACAACGUGGGAAUUACCUGUAUCAAUCUACAUGCAUAUAGUGAAGCUGCGGAACAUUUUCUAACUGCACUCAAUCAGCAAGCCAGAGGUAAAGAUGUAGUAAACAGUGGUUCAUUAUCGCAAAUGUCGGAUACAAUAUGGUCAACAUUAAGAAUGUGCGUGUCUUUAAUGAAUAGGGGAGAGCUAAAAGUAUUUGUAGAUAAAAAGGACUUGAACGGAUUAAAUAAAGCGUUUGGAAUCGAUUAGCACUUUCAAAAAUUCACGUCAAAUAGAAAGUU